AUGAAUUCACUUUACUCAUCCUGUUGGAACACCUCUGCUGAACUUUUGAACAAAUCCUGCAAUAAAGAGACUGCUUAUCAAACCCUCAGCAUUGUGGAUACAGUUAUCCUCCCUUCUAUGAUUGGGGUUAUCUGUUCACUGGGGCUGGUUGGCAACAUCCUCAUUGUAUUCACUAUAAUAAGGUCCAGGAAAAAAACUAUUCCUGACAUUUAUAUCUGCAACCUGGCUGUGGCUGAUCUGGUCCACAUCAUUGGAAUGCCUUUUCUUAUUCAUCAGUGGGCACGGGGAGGAGAGUGGGUGUUUGGGGGGCCUCUCUGCACCAUUAUCACAUCCCUGGAUACUUGCAACCAGUUUGCCUGUACUUCCAUCAUGACUGUAAUGAGUGUGGACAGGUACUUGGCUCUCGUCCAACCAUUUCGACUUACAAGUUGGAGAACGAGGUACAAGACCAUCCGCAUCAAUUUGGGCCUUUGGGCAGCUUCCUUUAUUCUGGCAUUGCCUGUCUGGGUCUACUCGAAGGUCAUCAAAUUUAAAGACGGCGUGGAGAGUUGUGCUUUUGAUUUAACAUCCCCUGACGAUGUACUCCGGUAUACACUUUAUUUGACAAUAACAACUUUUUUUUUCCCUCUGCCUUUGAUUUUGGUAUGCUAUAUUUUAAUUUUAUGCUAUACUUGGGAGAUGUACCAACAGAAUAAGGAUGCCAGAUGUUAUAAUCCCAGUGUUCCAAAGCAACGAGUGAUGAAGCUGACAAAGAUGGUGCUGGUGCUGGUGGCAGUCUUUAUCUUAAGUGCUGCUCCCUAUCACGUGAUACAACUGGUGAACUUACAGAUGGAGCAGCCCACGCUGGCUUUCCAUGUGGGUUAUUAUCUCUCCAUCUGUUUCAGCUAUGCCAGCAGCAGCAUUAAUCCUUUUCUCUACAUCGUGCUGAGUGGAAAUUUCCGGAAACGCCUGCCUCAAGUGCAAAGGAGAGUGACUGAGAAGGAAAUCAACAAUAUAGAAAAUACCUUGAAAUCCAGCUUUUAGGAGAGCACACGUAUCACCAAAAGUCUAGAUAGGCUUGUCUAUGUUAUUGGUAUUAUUAGAAAGAGCAGGUGAAACAGUGUGCUUA